UUUCCCACAGUACACUCGACGCCUUGUUAAUCAAAUAUAUUCAUAUUUAAUAUACAUGUUCAUAGCACCCAGCAGGUGCCCACAAAGGGGGUGGUGGUAUCAACGCGGAGGAAGAUGAGCAAGCCAAAUAUCCAACCCCGUGCGUCGACGGGUCAACGCAAAUCGACUGGCCCGAGGUCAAGUCUGCCACCCAAGCCCACUCAUGCCGCUCCCACUCCCGAUCCACCGCCGCCACCUGCGACGCCGCCACCUGCGAAAACACCUAGUGAAUCCAUGGCCUGGUUGAGAACAGCCAUAUCGUCAGGUCCUUCCCAGCAUCGCUCCUUGGUGGACGUGAGAAGGAAACACAUCGGCUGGGUCUACGCCAUCCACACGGUUCUGUCGGCACUCGCGGUUGUUCAGCUUGUGACCCUGCGGCUGUGCAAUCAGGACUUCUCGGAGCUGAUCAGCCCAUCGGUGCCCAGCUUCGUGUGGCUGCUUCUGGCCCUCGGAUGUGUGCUGAUCAUGGGCUUCGUGUACGUGGCCAGCCAGUGUCCGUGCAAUGGCCUCCUGGCCAUUGUUGUCGUGGAGGUGAUGGUCAUCUUUGUGAAUUGCCACCGGUGGGCGCGGCUAUCGAUGAGCUGGAUGGCUGGUGUCCUCGCCAUCGUACUGGUCCUGAACGUCUUGCUCUACAUGAUGGGUAUCUAUCUGCCGCUAAAGCUGCUGCCCGGCACCAUCUUCAUCCUCGUCCUCACAUUGUGUUGCAUAGUGAUUGUCGUUUCGAUCUACUUGAUUGUGUAUCUGAACGGCAAUCGCUAUAUGAUGCGAUACGUGUCGAUGGUCAGUCUGAUCUACGUGGCUACCCUCGUGCUCUUCACCAUCCCCGUCAUCCACCAGCGAAGAUUCGAGCAAGCGGAUCGCACGGAAUUCGUCCUGCAGGCCACCGUUCUGGCCAUGCUCUUCGUCUAUAUGAUUCACCCGCUGUCCACGAUGGUGCGGUUUGGCCAGUUUCUGGUGGAUCAUUUAUAAUAUAAAAUUGUUGCAAGUGUAGUAUCUAUAAUAUAAGCUAGGAAAUGUAA